AUGGAAUCCACUGAUGAGGAAAAAGCAUUGAUUAAUGGUUUACGAGAUCUUGUGACGCGUGGUUGGAAAUGCGACAACGGGUUUCGCAACGGUUACACCACCAUAUUGGAACAACAUAUGCGGCAGCAAUUCCCGGGUACGACCAUAAAAGCAGAACCACACAUAUCAUCAAAGAUUACGGUGUGGAAAAAAAACUAUGGUAUAGUUUCGGAUAUGCUUGGUAGUACGGGGUUCGGAUGGAAUGAGACGGGGAAAAUGGUUACAGUGAGGGAUGACACGGUGUGGGACAGCUACAUCAAGGCUCACCCAAAGGCCAAAUCUAUGCGUUAUAAAUCUUGGCCCUUGUAUGCCGAUUGGGUAGAAAUUUUCGGUAAGGACCGUGCAACGGGAGAGGGGGCACAAGGUUUCACUGACGCGGUCAAUGAUGUCUUACAUGAUACUAACGUCGAAGAACCGAGUCCUAUCCCCACUGAAGACCAAUUUCCGGAACAAUGUGACUACCCUCAGACUAACUUCGACUCUUUUUCGGCUCAAGCAGGUGAGAGUAGUGCAUCCGGUAAGUCUAAGCGUGAUGGAAAAAGAAAGCGUAAUGUUGAGCCGGAGGAUAAAAUAAUAGGGUUUCUUUCAUCUGUUUGCCAAGAGACAAACAACCGUCUUUCGGAACUGUCUACCCGUGUUGGUUACCAAGCAAAUGCAAAACAUCUGGACGAUGAUGCAAAGACCUCGAUGGAGACCGAUUUGCAGGUUUUUUUUCAUUCGAAUGGCUUCAAAUGGUACAACCAUUGUCUGCAAGUGUGGAACGUACGAGGGGCCGCUGAUGUUGAUCUCGAAUCUAACCCUGGUGCGAAUAACGACUAUCCAAUUUGUCUAGAUGAUACUAUGUCAGAUGUGUGGUCAGAAGAUGGCAUGGAGGAUGAAGUUGAAGUUCAGCAGGAUGUUGCAGGCCUAAUUCAUGAAAACCCACUGUGGGUGGAUCCGCUGAAUGAUGUGCAGGCCGAUGAGGAUAUAAUGGAUCACGAGUCGGAUGUCGACUCCUGCGUAGACUCCGUGUAG